AUGAAUAUUCUUAGUAGCAUCAACAAGUACUCAGAAGACAGAUGCAUCCCAGGCUAUCUGUAUGACGACCGCUACGCCACCUGGAGGCUAGGACCUUACCCCAGCCCGGGCAAGAUCAAGUAUCCCACCUGUCUGCCCCCUCUGCCUAAGGAGGCCGGGACGGAGACGGUAGUUGCAGGGAUGCCUCUGGAGUGUCUUCCUAAGCCUAAAUCGGAGCGGCUCAGUGCCUACGAGCGCGAGGUCGUGGUGAACAUGCUGAAUUCGCUGUCCCGAAACCAGCCUCUGCAGCAGAUCGCCCCCCGGUGCGGCUGCGUGGACCCGCUGCAGGGCCGCCUGCCCUUCCAGGGUUACGAAAGCAUGUGCUCGGGCUGUCAUUACUGUAUGCGCGGGAUGGACUACUACGCCACCGGGGCGCCAUGCCUUCCACGCCGCCUGUUGCCUGAGUGCUGGGCGCAGGCCACUGGCUGCGUCUCCCUACCAACACCGCCCCGGGAUGCAAUGUGUUGUUACAACUCCCCAGCCGUCAUACUACCCGUACCCCAACCUCAGAUGGGACACAAGUCACUUUAA